UCCCAUUAUUUUAAAUGUUUGUAACUUUCGCCCCCUGUCGCUCUCUUUAAUAAACUUCUUUCACGCCGUAAAAAUGGCCGAUCAAAACGAAAGAGCUUUCCAACGGCAACCGACAAUAUUUCUCAACCGUAAAAAGGGCGUAGGCCCAAAGCGACGCAAAUCUCUUCGUUAUUAUCGUGAAGUUGGACUUGGUUUUAAGACUCCACGAGAGGCUAUCGAAGGAUCGUACAUCGACAAAAAAUGCCCCUUCACUGGUAAUGUGUCCAUUCGAGGACGUAUUCUUACCGGCGUGGUGCAGAAAAUGAAGAUGCAGCGCACCAUUGUGAUCCGUCGCGACUAUCUUCAUUAUGUCAGGAAAUAUAAUCGUUUUGAAAAGAGGCAUCGUAACAUGUCCGUGCAUCUUUCCCCCUGCUUUAGGGAUGUGGAAAUUGGAGACGUCGUCACAAUUGGAGAAUGCAGGCCCCUCUCAAAAACCGUCAGAUUCAACGUAUUAAAAGUUACAAAGGGCAGUAGUUCAAAGAAGAGUUUCAGGAAGUUUUAAAUGAUUCAAUAAAAUUUUCUAAGUUAUU